AUGUUGAAGCAUUUGGAACCAUAUUCAGCGAGAGGUGAUGCAUCAGUGCUUCACCUUGGCGUUUUCCAUGUAUGGACCAAGACUGAUGAGAUUAAAGGCCAAGUGGUUCAGGAGAAACCCACAUUGGGUGGACAAGUAUUCGUGUUUGAAAUGGAACAUAGAGCAAGUCAUCAAACAACCUCUACCUAUUACUCUCCAUACAGUCGGCGGUUUGCAUCUCUACUACCAGAAUCACCCUUGCAUCUGGUGCCCGAGAUUGAAAGAUCUGGUCUUGAGUGGUUUGACAUCUGGGUUUAUGAAAUGAUGGAAGAAGUUGGUAACAGGGACCAAGAUGUGCCAGCCUCACCUUUCAGUGAUACUUCUGAGAAAAUGCUGAGUUCCCAGGACACGGAUUUUACAGUACCUUCAACCCCAAUUGAUCUUAACCUGCAAGACAUGAUUUCUGCCACUGAUCAAACUUUGGAUCGGAAUCCAUCACCUCAAGUCCCUGGAGUGAGGCUUGACCCAGAACCUACUGCCAUUGAAGGAGAACUGGUGCCACUGAAAAAUUUUAAACAAAAGAGUAAGUGUGGUAUCACAAAAGUAAACGUCGAUAAUUGUGGCUGCAUUUGUGUUACUUUAUUAAGAUUAUAUAUACAUACAGCAAAACAAUAAAUGUACAUGCAGA